AUGGACUGCGAGGAGAAAGAAGAAGAUACUCGGCCGAUCGCUUUUCGAGUUGAAAUCAACGAAGAAACCAGAGAGCACUUUCUCAAAUAUGCAAGAGAAUCAGGCCUCGACAAAAUCAAGCCAGAAGACGACUAUUUCAGCACCUCCGAUGAAGAAGAACAUGCUCCAGGAGACUCGAGAAAUUUAGCAAAACAAAUCGCAAAUCACUUUGAUGGAAUUCUCCUUCGACCUCAUAAAACAAAAUGUGAUAAGUUCCUGGACUACUACCAAGUUUACGACGCUGAGAGCUUGAUUGAAUUCAUUCCUGAAGACGAAUUUGGGCCCGAAAAAGAACCGCCUCUAAAAGAACUUUGCUUGGAAGCUGCAAAAGAAGCCGCAAUUGAAAACAAAGAACGAUGGAAAGCUGAGAAGUUGAGGAAAAAUAGGGAGCGGAAAAGAGAAAGAAGGAGAAAAGAGGCGGAAAUGAAGAUGCAACUUGCGGAGAAUUUUAGCGGGAGGAUUGUGGAUCAAGAUGUUGAAAUGGCGGAUGAAAUGGAUGACCAACCGGCGCAAAAUUUCGUGGAAAUGGAAGACGAAGAAAUGGUCUCAGAUUCAAGAAAGGGCUAA